UUAAGCACUAAUCUCUCUCUGUCUCUCUCUCCCCCAAUCCUCCUUAGGGGACACACCUACACAACAAAGGAGAAAAAAGACAGAAGAGAAUAGCGCCUAAUCAAACCUUUUACAAACAGAUAGACACAACAUCGGAUCGGAACAACAACAAAACCAAUCCCCUCCCUCGCCGGAACAAAACUCAUCCCAUGUUGUUCGCGAGAAAAGGGGGCAAUUCAAGAUGAGAAUAAUAAUAAUAAUGCUUCAGAAAUGCCGUCAAGAUUGAAUUUUUCCCACCGCUUUUCUUUCAUUGCGAUGAUCAGGGUCGUGUACGUUGCCGCGGCGGCGGCGGCGAAAAUAGGCGGACGACGGCGGGGGAAUGUGGCUGUUCCGUCCAUUGUUGUUGCGUUUAUUGCUGUGUGGUUGUUUUCGUCACCCGCAUGGGCUGCGCCGCCGCGAGACGGGGAAGCUCAAACUCUCGCCGGCGCCGGCUCCGCCGCCGCUCUGAUGGAAUUCAAGAAUUCCCUCGUGUCGGGUCCCACCGGCGUAGCCGUCGAGCGCGCGCUUGUCUCCUGGAACCUCUCGACCAGCCCCUGCGUCGGGAACGUCGGGAAUUGGUUCGGCGUGCGGUGCUUCAACGGCGACGUAAUGGGGCUCCAGCUAGACAACCUGAACCUCGCCGGCGACAUCGACGUGGACGCCCUGUUGCCGUUGCGUUUCCUCCGAAUUUUAAGCUUCGAGCACAACAACUUCGAAGGGUUGAUGCCGGAUUGGAAAAAACUGGGCGCCCUCAAGUCUCUUUUCCUGUCCAAUAACCGACUCUCCGGCCAGAUCGCCGACGAUGCUUUCUCCAGCAUGGGUUCUUUGAAGAAAGUCCAUCUGGCUAACAAUAAAUUCACCGGAAAAAUCCCCACCUCCCUGGCAACCACCGCCAGACUCCUGGAGUUGAGGCUCGAAAACAAUGCCUUCACCGGUCACUUGCCGGAGUUCCGCGCCGGACUCACUGUGUUCAACGCCUCUAAUAAUCAACUCGACGGACCAAUCCCUCCAGCUCUAUCUUCCCUGGAUCCCUCUGUAUUUUCCGGCAACAAGGGACUAUGCGGAAAGCCUCUAAAGUCAAGUUGUGACGCUCAAAGCCCUCCUCCAAAACCGUCUCCCCAUGGUGGCGGAGGCGGCGGCGCUACCAAUGCUGAAACUCCAUCUUCAUCGUCAUCGUCUAAAAUCCUAAUGAUUCUAGCAAUAUGCUUGUUGGCCGUGGCAAUACUCAUUUCACUCCUCAUCAUUUCUCGCGGCAGCGGCGGCGGUCAAGAGAACUCACAGGCGGCGUCAGACAAAGGGACACGCGACCCCUUAUUCUCGCCCUACAACAACGCCGGUGCCAGCCCCGCCUCCGGCGGCACCGCCACGACGCGGGCAUCACCGUCGUCUGAUAGGGCGGCGGGAGGCAGCACCCCGAACACGAACAGCAGCUCCAGAGCCGGCGAUGCGUCGGGGGCGUCCCCGGCGGUCGGAAAGUUGGCGUUCAUGAGAGCGGAUCGGACGCAUUUCGAUCUGCAGGACUUGCUGAGAGCGUCGGCGGAGGUGUUGGGCACCGGAAGCUUGGGGUCCUCCUACAAGGCGGUGCUUAUGGACGGGCAGUCCGUUGUGGUGAAGAGAUUCAAGCAUAUGAAUCUGGUGGAAAGAGAAGACUUCCAUGAACACAUGAGACGCAUUGCUCGCCUUGAACACCCCAAUUUGCUACCUCUUAUUGCCUAUUACUACCGAAAAGAAGAGAAAUUGAUGAUCUCUGAUUUCAUGUCCUCUGGUAGCUUGGCUGCUCAUCUUCAUGGCAAAGAGUCCAGGCUUGAGUGGGCUAAAAGAUUGAAGAUCAUCAAGGGAGUGGCGAAGGCACUAAUGUAUCUUCACAAGGAGCUAUCAAGCAUGGUUCUUCCACAUGGCCACCUCAAGUCCUCCAACGUGCUUCUCGACAAGUCCUCCAACCCAAUCGUCAUGGACUACGCACUGGUCCCGGUGGUCAACCCCGACGAGCUUCCAAGCCUCCUCACCGCCUACAAGUCGCCGGAGUACACCAACCUCCACCGACCCACCAGAAAAACCGACGUCUGGAACCUUGGAGUACUCAUUCUGGAGACCCUAACCGCCACGUCUCCGUCCAAGCACCAGGACUCCCAACUCCGGACUUGGAUCAGCUCCAUCGCCGCCAAAGACGCCGAGGCCGACGACGAUCGGGCCGAAACCAUCUUUGACUCAAAGAUGGCCGGCGACGCCAAAAACAGCAGAGGACAAAUGCGAAAGCUCCUCAAGAUCGGCGUGGCUUGCUGCCAUGAAGAUCCGGAGGCGAGGUUGGAGUUGAAGGAGGCGGCUGAAAGAAUCGAAGCUUUGAAGGAGAGGGACAAUCAAUGAAACCUAACGGACUUGCAUUAUAUUAUAUUGCCCAGUUGAUAACGUUAGAUGCAUGAUUAUUGAGCAUUUUAUAUGCAUUUAUGUAUACUUAUUACGAUACUAUACGUACGUGUAUUGUAAGUGCUAACCCUAUUGUAUGUAUGUAUAUAUGUAUGCCCUUAGUUGCAAGCUCUUAACUUUUAAUGCAACCAAAAUAGUUGGAGUAGU